UUUCAACGUACUUGAAUCAAAAGGUUCGCUUUCUUAUUGAUUAUUGAAAAAAUAAUAUCCCCCCAUUUUCUGUUUUUUCAUUUUGGGUUUUUACAAAAUGCUUAAUUAAUCUGGCUAUGAGGAGUCCGCCAUUUCCGUUUUUAAACGUUGCAGUUGGGGAUCCAGUCAUUCUAAGGCCUUAGAGGAGGAGGAGUAGUAAGGGUUUCCUUUUCUUUUGAGUGGCUGAUUUGCAGAGAUGGGGUUGAUUUCUGGUCUGUUUUUGGGAAUGGUGGCUGGAAUUGCUUUGAUGGCGGGUUGGCAGCGUAUGAUGAGGUAUCGAGGCACGAAGCGUGUGGCGAAGGCAGUUGAUCUAAAGAUUUUAGGAUCUCUUAAUAGGGAUGACUUGAAGAAACUUUGUGGUGACAACUAUCCUGAAUGGAUUUCUUUCCCUGCUUAUGAACAGGUGAAAUGGCUGAACAAGCAGCUGAGCAAAAUGUGGCCAUUCAUUGCAGAUGCAGCAUCGAUUGUCAUUAAGGAAUCUGUUGAGCCUUUGUUGGAAGACUAUCGACCCCCUGGGAUUUCAUCCUUGAAGUUCAGUAAAUUAUUUCUAGGACAUGUGCCACCCAAAAUUGAAGGUAUUCGUGUCCAAAGCCUAAAGAAAGGUCAAAUAACAAUGGAUUUGGAUUUGAGAUGGGGUGGUGAUCCAAGCAUCAUUCUUGCUGUCGAAGCCCUUGUUGCUUCGCUGCCCAUUCAGCUGAAGGAUCUCCAAGUUUUCACUAUUGUACGAGUGAUUUUUCAACUUGCUGAAGAGAUUCCAUGCAUUUCUGCUGUUGUUGCAGCUCUCCUAGCUGAGCCAAAGCCUAGAAUUGAUUACACAUUGAAGGCUGUUGGUGGAAGCAUAUCAGCGAUUCCAGGACUUUCAGAUAUGAUCGAGGACACUGUGAAUUCAAUUGUUACAGAUAUGCUUCAGUGGCCUCAUAGGAUUGUUGUUCCUAUUGGAGGUGUAGCGGUUGAUACGAGUGAAUUAGAGCUAAAACCACAAGGACGUCUUUCUGUGACAAUAGUGAAAGCAAAUGCUCUGAAGAAUAUGGAAAUGAUCGGCAAGUCAGAUCCCUAUGUUGUUGUGUACAUUCGACCCAUGUUCAAAGUUAAAACAAAAGUUGUUGAUGAUAAUCUUAGUCCUGUGUGGAAUGAGACAUUUCAGAUGAUUGUGGAAGAUAAAGAAACUCAACCCCUCAUUUUGGAGGUUUUUGAUAAAGACAUUACACAAGACAAAAGAUUGGGCAUUGUGAAAUUAGCUCUAAUUGACUUGGUGCCCAAAACUGAGAAAGAGCUUGAACUAAGACUUUUACCAUCACUUGAUAUGUUGAAGAUUAAAGAUAAGAAGGAUAGAGGAACACUUAACAUAAAGGUCUUUUACCAUGAAUUCAACAAAGAAGAGCAGUUGCAGGCCGUGGAAGAAGAGAAGAGAAUACUUGAGGAGAGGAGGAAGUUAAAGGAAGCUGGUGUGAUAGGAAGCACCAUGGAUGCCCUAGAUGGAGCUGCUUCUUUGGUGGGUUCAGGGGUCGGGCUCGUGGGGACUGGCAUUGGUGCUGGCGUUGGGUUGGUGGGGACCGGCAUUGGGGCAGGUGUUGGAUUUGUGGGCAGCGGCCUUGGAGCAGUUAGUAGUGGGAUUGGUAAGGCAGGGCGCUUUGUGGGGAGGAGUGUGACCAACCAGUUUAGCAGCGGCUCCUCCAAGAAAGGAAGCAAGAGCCCUGCGCAAGAGAAUGGCGUUGGCAACUGAAUCUGUUUCCUACGCUACUUCUAUGUAAAAUUUGUUGAAUCAUCAUUCCCUUAACAUACUACUUGUCUUAUAAUACUGAAAAUGAUAAAACCACGCCUGUAUUUUGUACUUAUCUUGUGCAAUGAAUAGGCUUGAUUUGGUUGCUCAAA